UUUCAGAUAAAAGCACACAUAUUACCAGAAUUAGAUGAUGCUGUUUCAGAAUAUGGUGCAGGUAUUACAAUUGAUAUGUGGACAGAUGAAACAAGGAACUAUCUUACCACUACUAUAUUUUAUGUUCAUAGGGAUUGGAAGUUAGUUAAAAGGGUUCUUUCGACAUCUCAGUUUGAUUCCAGUGCUGCAAAAAGUGGAGAAGCAUUCAAAAAUCUCCUGGUGGGUAAUCUCUAUGGAUUUGGAUUGGAUCCCAGUUCGAUAUGCAAUUUAGUUUAUGUAACGGUGCCAGAUCCAAUGAUUACUUCGGCUCUGAAUACUUUUAGACGUUUAGAUUGUGGUUCAGCUGUCAUUGAUAAGGUAUUAGAUAUUACAUUUGAUACUGAUUAUUUAACUAAACAAGCUCCUGAAGUCUUAAAAGUAUUAACAACUAGUACAGUAAUUGUAACCUGUAUGAAGCAGUCUGGCUUAAUUCAAGACAUUCCGUCUUCAUUUAUUAAAAAAGAAAAACAUAAAACGUGGUCUGUCAAAUUAGAAAUGCUCAUGUUUGUUCGAGAACAUUAUGAUUUGAUAAAUCAAACAGUGUUUCCUCAAGAAGAAACAGAAAAUCUCAUAUCACCAAUUCAUUUAGACAUUUUAAUAUUUUUAAUUGAAUUUUUACAACCUUUUAAACAAGCAAUUGAUGAUUUAGAAGAUUUCCAUUAUCCAACAAUCAAUUUAGUUUUACCCUGGUAUUGCAAGUUAUUAAAACAUACGCAAUCUGCUAUUAAUGAUACUUGUAUGAUGAGUGCAAUCAAAUCAAAAUGUCACAUGACUAUUAAAGAAAAUUUUUCUAUUCAUAUUCUUCAUAAAACAGCUACUUUUCUUUGGCCAGAAUUUAAAUGUCUUAAAAUGAUAUCAAAAUCAGAACAAGAAGAAGUUCACAAUGCCAUACGAAAUAUGAUCUCUCAAGAAAAAAUGGAUUCUAAAGAGGACUUGGUUAAUGAUCCUGAGCAACCAGAAAAGAAACCAAAGAUCUCUUUCUCAGAAUGGGAAGAUAAUAAUGAAUUGAACGAUGAAGUAUCAAAUUAUAUAAACCUGAAUACGGUUAUGUCAGAUGAGAGAGAUUUAUUAAGUUGGUGGUCUUGUAAGACAAAAAUUUAUCCCGGCCUGUCAAAAAUAGCUCGGAGCAUUUUAGCCAUUCCAGCUAGCAGUUGUUCAACAGAUUCCACUACCUCUCUUUCCGUGAAAGCAUUUAGAGAUAGGAGAUCUAUCCUAACUUCUGAUACCAUUGAUGGUAUUCUGUUUCUUCACAGUAAUCUUGGAUAAUUAAAAUAUACAAGUUAACUACAUUAUAAUGUUAAUCAUGAUUUAUUUUUUGUAAUUUUACCCUUAAUAAUUUCAUAAAUGUGUUUAGUAUUAUUAAAUCAACAUUAUCAAACUCCAUAUUAUUAUUGAACAUUUUCAUCAUUUCUCAUUAAGUUUUACAAUAAUAAAAUACAUUUUUUAAUUAUAAUUAAAAAAUCAGGAAAUUUUGAAUUUUUCAUUUAUUAUAGUCAUAAAUGUAUAAUAACAACUUUCAUCUUGAAUAAUACAGAAUAUUAAGGCUAUAAAUACAUUGUUAUGUUU